AUGGGUCAGAUGCGUUUGGAUACUGACCCCAUCGUUCAAGUAGAUCGGAAACCGAAGUGUUGUUUUUUCUUCUUCAGUCCGAAGAUUCAAGCGAACCGGAUCGUAAGAGCGCAGCUGUGGGUUCAUCUGAGACCGACGGAAGAAGCGACCACCGUCUUCUUACAGAUAUCACGGCUGACGCCCGUUACGGACGGAGGAAGGCACAUACGAAUACGAUCCUUGAAGAUCGAUGUGAACGCAGGAGCGACGUCUUGGCAGAGUAUAGAUGUAAAACAGGUCCUGGCGGUGUGGUUAAGACAACCGGAGACCAACUGGGGCAUUGAGAUAAACGCGUUUGACGCGAAGGGAAACGACUUGGCCGUCACAUCAGUUGAGGCUGGAGAGGAUGGACUGCUCCCCUUCAUGGAGGUGAAAAUUUCCGAGGGCCCAAAGCGAAUCCGGAGGGACUCUGGAUUGGACUGCGACGAGAAUUCGUCAGAGUCUCGAUGCUGCAGGUACCCUCUCACUGUGGACUUCGAGGACUUCGGCUGGGACUGGAUUAUUGCUCCAAAACGCUAUAAGGCGAAUUACUGUUCAGGAGAAUGCGACUUCAUGCACCUGCAGAAAUAUCCCCACACCCAUCUGGUAAACAAGGCCAAUCCACGAGGCACCGCCGGGCCCUGCUGCACCCCCACCAAGAUGUCUCCUAUCAACAUGCUUUACUUCAACGGCAAAGAGCAGAUCAUCUACGGCAAGAUCCCCUCAAUGGUAGUAGACCGCUGUGGCUGCUCAUGAACCAGUGCCCAGACAGGACUCGAUCCGUCUCACAGACCCGGACAUCUGAUCACACCAUCCACCAUCCAUUAUCAGUGCUUUCCGCAAGACACUGUGCAAUAGAAGGACGCUCACUUACUCUCUGGGCACUGCUUUAUUUGACUAUGUUUUUUGUCAUUUUCCUCUAAAUCAGUAUCUCUGCUACAGGAGUCCAAUGUUACAUGGAUGUACUAAAGGAAUGCCAUACUGGCUGGACUUGGGAAUGGACACUAUUGAAAUGGACGACAUUCUCUGCUUUAUUUCAUGUUUUCACCUUGUCAGAAUACUCUCAUUAGGAUACGCAGACAACAUUGUAUUAUUCAACCACGCCAAAAUACAAUCAUUUAGAUCUUUGCUGUAACAGCUGUAACCGGUAAGCUUAUUUAAGAAGAGUAUCCAAGAGAAACAGAGAGAAACUCUUGAACAUUGAACAGAGCUUGAAUACAGUUAUCUGAUGCAAACUUCCACAUACACUGCAAUAAACACACCGAUCGAAUUGUUAAUCAUAGCUUUUGUCCACUACUCAUCUGUCGAACAGCCCUACACACUUGAAGUAUUAUUGAGAUCGUUAUUAAGGGACAGAAGGACUUGAAGCAGAGGCGCUGUGAAUACGGUCUACACAUUGAAAUGUGUUCGAGACAGAGAUAUCAGAACUGUAAGAUUGAAUGUUAAUAUCACGCUAACACUCUGUCUUCAAACCACACAGUUUGCACUAUGGCAGACCAAUAGAAAGAAUUGGUUGCUAAAAAUGUUGUAAAAACUGAUUUUGAUAUGUUUGCUAAUUGUAUUGUAUACUUGCCAUUGUUUCCAUUAACAGUUGCCUUUUUUAACCACGGUUAGUACAUGUAUAUGAACACGAAAUAGCAAAAAAGUGUACAAUAUAAACCUAUGUAUCUGUUCAAACAAAUA